CAUCCUACUCGGCCGACAAUCAUUCAGUGCCUGCUCGUGAUUGUCUGCUUGUGCUCGAGUAUGCGCUGGAGAACACCAGGUGCCGCCAUUCCAUAAGGUGAUUUCGACAUGCUGGUCACUAUGUCUCCCUGGUUCGCUGCUGCGCUGGUCGCAGUGGCCUCGCUGUCUGGGCUGGCAACCGCCCAGGAGUUCACCAUCGCCAACGGGCAGAUCUUCACACCAGGUCCUGCCGUGCUCGAUGCGCCGCAGCCCGGAACGCCUCUCGGCGGACAGCUCCUCGAGGUCGCUCUUGACGUCUCCGCCAACGGCAGGCUGCAGCUACCGCCGUACCCAGCCGAUACGCCCAGCCGCAUCCACAACAUCACCAUCUUUCUGCAGAGCUACGUUACAGGUCGCAACUUCACCAUCACCAAUGCCACGGCCUCGGCCGGCAAUGCGAGCCUGGGAGACAUCAUGCUCUCCGAGCCCGGCAGCACCGUCAAGCACGUCAAGUGGAUCUGGCCAGACUGCCUGAUGGGCAACGGGCCGCCAGCGACGGCUGAAAGUGAUCGUGGUCGAUACAACAUCUCUAUCCGCCAGAACUUCCUGCUCAAUGGCGAGUCACACUACACCAUAUUCAACGUGCCCAUCUCCGUCACCAACAGCAUCCAGAGCAUCGCCGGCAGCAGCUCAGACUUUGGCGGAGGAGAGGGUCAAGGGGGCCGACCGUCUUGUGAUCUUCUCAACAACCCCCUGGCACCAUUUGAGGAAGCCGAGGAGGCUUUCUUGACGAGCACCAGAACCGUAAGGGUGCUGUUCGCACCGGGGGAUGCGAUAACAGUUCAACAGACAUUCGCCGUGCCGGGGGCGGGUGCUGGUGCAACGGCAUGGCCGUUCAGGUGGUUGACAGCUUUCCUGUCCCUGCUUGUGUUGAGUAUAUUGUCUUAGUACUCGUUAAUUUGGAGCAUGACUAUUACUUUCCUCGAGAAUGUGCAUGAUAUUCGAGAGAGAUGGACAGAGGCCAUAAAUGUGCCUGCGAACCACUUUCGGUGGCACUGACUAGAAUCUUGCAGGCCUUGUUCGCAGGAGAUGCGGCACACCCGGAUUCAUCCUGUUCUCCAACAA